AAUUAACCCAGCAAUUUUGUAAGGCAGCUGGAGCGCUGGUUAACACCUCCAAGUGCUGUGGACUUUGGUAUGGGACUUGGGGGACAACGCCCUCGGAUUAUGCAGGAAUGGCGUGGUCUGGCGUGCCAACUACUUACCUUGGCGCGCCACUAGAAUGUGUUCGAAAUAGCUCACGCUACUGGACAGAAAGUGUCAAAAAUCUUAAGCGCAGAGCGGACAUGCUGAAGCCUAAUCAUCUUUCGGUGUUUGGCCGCGCUACUGCAUGUAACAUCUUCCUAGUCGCAAAACUGUGGUACGUGCUUCAGGUUAUUCACUGUGCCCGAGGACACCUUCAGCGUUUCCAUAGGAUAUUUGCGACCUUCAUAUGGGACUCUUCAUGGGAGCCAAUGCGGCGCGACAAUCUGUUUCGGUCUAUCGAAGCGGGAGGACUAGGCUUAACCCACUUAUUUGUACGGAAAAUUGUUUCACGUUUCAUGUUCCUCAGAACGUCUUCCCACCCGUUCAUUAGGACCUUUCUCCAAACUCACUUGAUGGAUCUCCUCCCUGACCUCGUUGUUUCAUCCGAUCAUGUGGCAAUGCCGCGACCUUUUGGCUUUCUCAAAGAAGUCGUCGAAGCUUUUGAGUUUUUGAAAGUGCGUUUUUCUUUGGAUUAUUUAUUCACCGUUUCCAGAAAAGAGCUCUACCAUAACCUGAUAGAUUCGCUAUUUCCAGACCCUUUAUAUCGCAGCCACUAUCCAAACAGUACAGAUCAAGAUGUUUUAAAACGAGUUCGCAGGAUGCGCGUUCCCCCGACUGCAAAAACAUUUUUCUUUAAGCUUCAUACUAACACACUACCCGUAAAACCAUGGCUACGUGACAAAGGAAUUUUUGUACCGUGGUCGGUCAACUGUCGUUUAUGCAACACGCCAGAGACUAUUGAGCAUUGCUUUAUUUUUUGCACAGAUGCAUACCUUUUCUGGGAUGUGCUUCAAAGGACUAUCAAAAAGGACUUGUAUAUUAACACAUACUCUAUUCGUUUUCUUCCUGUGGAAGAUCCAGACACAUUUCCCGCAGAUUUUUUUAUUUUGCUUGGUAUGCAUAGUCUCUGGAAGACUCGCAUGAUAGACAGAAACGCUGAACCACCAAGGACUACCAAAUCAAAUUUUAUCGAAACAUGCAAUCACGUAAUAAGUGUCCUUGAUGAACUCGGGGAAAAGCCAAGAUGGUACUGGCGACUUGAAAAGUGCCUUUCGUUUCCUGAUUUCUGA